AUGGCCGUCAACGAGGAGAAGAUCGACGCCCUCAUCCUCCGCCUGCACGAGAUCGAGGCUGUCAAGUUCGGCGAGUUCAAGCUCAAGUCCGGCAUCAUGAGCCCCAUCUACAUCGACCUCCGGGUGAUCGUGUCCUACCCCGACGUGCUCGCCUCUGUCGCCGGAUGCAUGUGGGACGUUCUCAAGGCGAACGGUGCGGAGUUCGACAACAUGUGCGGCGUGCCCUACACCGCCCUCCCCAUCGCGACGUGCAUGAGCCUGAACAACGACUGCCCCAUGCUCAUGAGGCGCAAGGAGGUGAAGGACUACGGCACCAAGAAGGCCAUCGAGGGCGCCUUCACCGCGGGUCAGACCUGCCUCGUCGUCGAGGAUCUCGUAACCUCCGGCGCGUCCGUCAUGGAGACCGUUGAGCCCCUCAACCAGGUGGGACUCAAGGUUAAGGACGUCGUGGUCCUCAUCGACCGCGAGCAAGGCGGCGAGGCCAGGCUCGCGAGCAACGACCUCCGCCUCCACGCCGUCCUCCCCCUCUCCAGGGUGCUCAAGACCCUCGAGAAGGAGGGUAAGAUGUCCGCGGACCUGGUCCAGAGCGUCAAGGCUUUCAUCGCCGCCAACCAGACCGGACCCAACGCGAGUGGAAACGAGAUGGGCGCUGCGGAGACCCCCAAGCGCCUUGCCUACGCCGCCCGCGCCGAGCUCACCGCCAACCAGUGCGCAAAAGACCUCUGGAACCUGAUGGAGACCAAGAAGACGAACCUCUGCGUCGCCGCGGACGUGGAUACCGCCGCGGAGCUCAUCGAGCUCGCAGACAAGCUCGGACCGGAGAUCUGCAUCCUCAAGACGCACUGCGACCUGUACCCGGAUUUCGACGACACCUUCGGCUCGAAGCUCCUCGAGCUGGCCGCCAAGCACAAGUUCAUGAUCUUCGAGGAUCGCAAGUUCGCGGACAUCGGCAACACCGUGGUGGGCCAGUACGGCAGCGGCGUGCACAAGAUUGCCGACUGGUCGCACAUCACCAACGCGCACAUCGUCCCCGGCAGUGGCAUCAUCGACGGACUCAAAUCCGUCGGCCUCGCGAAGGGCCGGGGCCUGCUGCUUCUAGCGGAGAUGUCCAGCAAGGGCACGAUGGCCAACGGCGCGUAUACCGAGGCGGCGGUGAAGAUGGCGGCGGAGCACCCCGACUUUGUCAUGGGCUUCAUCUCCACCAGGCCCAGCGCCUGGAAGGCAGAGUGGAGCAAGGGGCUCGUGCAGAUGACGCCGGGGGUGCAGCUCGGCGGCGGUGGAGACGCCAUGGGUCAGCAGUACAACACCCCGGAGAGGGUUAUCGGCGAGUGCGGCUCCGACGUCAUCAUCGUUGGGCGCGGUAUCUACAGGGCGGCUGACCCUGCCGCAGCUGCAGCGGAGUACCGCAAGGCCGGCUGGGACGCGUACACAGCCGCCCUCGCGUGA